UUUUUUUUUUUCAUUUCAUCAUUAAACCACUAAUAUGGUGCCAUCAUAAUCAUCAUUGAAUUGAUUUCACCUUUAUUAUUCCGUGAUCCGAUCAGAAUAUAGUCAAAAUUAUUUCAUUCGCUGAGAAUGAUUUUUUUCGUCGUUUUUCAAGUCAAAUCAUCAUCAUCAUCGUAUAUAACCCAUCGGCGACGAUAACGGCCCACAGCAACAACAGCAGCAACAACAACAACUAAAACAACAACAACAACAACAACAUUGAAUUGAAUGAUACUUGUCAUGAAUAAGACAAUUCAAAGAUUGAUCCAUCCAUAAGAUGCAUUCAUCAGACAAAAUAUUUGAAUAGUACAAACAACAUUUUAUUUUAUUUUUUUUUCAAUUACAUGCUCAUCAUCAUCGUCAUCAUCAUCAUAGGUGUGAAUUAUUCAAAAAAAAAAAAAAUUUCAUUUAAGAAAAUAAUAAUAAUCUCAACACUUUUUCAGUUUGUUCAGUCUGUCAAAAAAAAAAAAAAAAAAAAAAAUUCAACAACAAAAAAUUCAUCAUUAUCGAAUCGAAUCGAAAAAAUCAUAUAUAAACAUUGACAUGAUGAGAAUGAUUAAACAUGCAUCGUUAUUUAAAUGGCCACAAACAAAUGGUGGUGCAAGUAAAAUGACCAAUAGUACUGAUAGUGUUAUUGGUACAUCAAUUGGAUCCAAUGAUAAUGGAACAUCAUCGUCAUCAAAUAAUAGCAAUGGAAAUGGUAAAUCAAAACAACAUCAACAAUCAUCAUCAUCAUCAUCAUCGUCAUCGUUAUCAAGUCAACAACAACAACAACAACAACAGCAACAACAAUCAUCAUCAUCAUCAUCUACACAGCAACAAAAACUAUGGAUUCAUCCUCCAGCUACAUUACAAAAUGGACACAUCGCAUAUUUAGUCAAGUAUUUUGGCAAUGUAGAAGUUAAUCAACCGAAAGGCAUUGAUGUUGUUAAAGAAAGUAUCAAUAAAUUGAAAUUUAUUCAACCGUUAAAAAAAUCUGAAGGCCAAAAGAUUCCUAAAGUUGAGCUGACAAUCUCGGUGAAUGGUGUUGCCAUACAGGAACCAAAAACGAAGAAAAUUUAUUGCCAAUUUCCAUUACAUAGGAUAUCGUAUUGUGCUGAUGAUAAGAAUGAGAAAAAAUUUUUCAGUUUUAUUGCCAAAGAUUCGGAUACGGAUAAACAUUUGUGUUUUGUAUUCAUGUCGGAAAAAAUGAGUGAAGAAAUCAUUUUAACUAUUGGACAAGCAUUCGAUUUGGCAUAUGCUAAAUUUAUCGAAACUUCUGGCAGAGAAUUAGAGAUACGGAAACAGCUUAUUAUAUUGCAGAAAAAAGUUUGCCAUUUAGAAGAGGAAAAUAAAACAUUGAAAGAAAGGCUUAGAAAAUAUGAACCGGUGUCUGAUAGCACAAUCGAUAUUGAUGAUGGUCAUCAUAGCGAUAAUAAUAAUACAAAACCAUCAUCAUUAUUUUCAUCAUCAUCAUCAUCAUCAUCGUCACCGUUAUCAUCAGCUUCAUCCAAUAAUAAUAAAAACGAGAUGAAUAAUGGCCUAGAUCUGUUGUCCGAUGAUAUUGUCAACGUAACCGGUAAUAAUAAAGAUUCAACAAUGACAAAUGGUCAUAGUAUGAUGAAUAAUAAAUUAAAGUCAACUUUGAAUUCGGUUCAAGUUCCUCCAUUACAACCGCCACCAUCAAGUUCGAAAAAUCAUCGUAGUAAUCAACAAAUUAAUCUUAUUGAUGUUGAUAUCGAGUGCAAUGAUAAUACGGCAACAUUAUUGAAUCAUGAUAAUUUAUUAUCAUUGAACAAUAGCCAAUCGAUAAAUGAUUUGUUUGAUGAAGAUUUCAAUCCAAGAGCCGAGGAUAAUAAACCAAUCAAUACUAAUAAUAAUGUGCCCAUUGUUUUAGCAAACAAUUUGAUCAACAAUCCUAUUGUUGUGGCUAAUAAUCAAAAUAUUAGUCCAAUUGAUCAAAAUUUGCUUGGUGUAACCAUAUCACAGGAGAAAGAUAUUUUUGGUUGUGAACCAUUUCAUCAGAUAAAAAAAGAAUGUGAUCCAUUCGGUAUGCCACAAUUUAAUGGUUCAACCGAUUUAGAUUCAGCCAUCGAUAAUAUUGAUAAAAAAUUGGCCGAAAUGAGAGAUGGAUUCAGUCAAGGAUUAUCGGCAGAUGGAUUCAAUUUGGAUUCUUAAUCCAUUACGAUUCAUAUCAAAUGGGCCAUACACACACCCACACACACACACACACACACAACAAGCGUUUAUACAUCCAAAUCAAUGUUAUAGCAGCAAACAACAACAAACUAUCUAAUAAUUUGUAACGAAUCAAAUAUACAUAUCUAUCAGGCUAAUAUGAUGUGUUUGUGAACACACAAUACAGACAAAAAGAAUAAUUAAGAGAAAAAAAAUAUUUCAAUUCAA